AUGGACUUUUGUUUCUCAAGUUCCCAAUCAAGCCUGUUUUCAGAAUCUCCUCCUCUGUUCCAGAAUGAAGCAAGUGUACAAAAUAACGAAGAGCAAAUUUCAACUUGGCUGAGACCUUCUGAUGAAUCUGCGCAAUUAACUUCGCCUACUCUGCUUAAUCAAUUUAUGGAUGAUAAGCACAAGCUUGAUUAUACGAUCUUUUCAAAAGACUAUUACGCCCAUGACUUAUUUGGAGCAAUCCCUUAUCAAGAGUCUGAACUCGAGUAUCAAGUUCAAGAAUCUCGACUAGCCACUGAAAACUUAGAUUGAACAAUCAGAAAGAAGUCUGCUCCAAUAGACUGCCAGAGGCCAGACAUCCCCAACAGGAAAAUGUUGAGGCUUGUUAAGAAGUUCUUCAACGAGUUGUUUCUGUUCCAUAACGACAAACUUAGAAACAGACGACUCACCAUGGUUCACUCCUCUGUUACUUUGGAAGCUCUCAGGCAGUUGGUCAGAGUGUACAUGCCAGAUGUUUCAGCAGAGUCUAUGGCUGAAUUUCUGUUUAAGUUCUUGAACAUACAUUCAAAAGAUUCAUGUCAGUUGGAGUCGGAUGCUGCAGGGCAAGGAUUCCGAGUGUAUCAAUGCUCGUACAAUUACAGAAGACAAGAAUUCAUACGUCUACCUGAAUGUGAAUAUUUCAGACAUCUGAUCAUAUCUUACAUGAUCCUUAAGAACACUCCUUUAUCGUCAGUGUGAAGUUUUCGGUUAGACUAUGUCUGGGAGAACCAAUUCCAUACAUCUGAAGCAAAGCUUACUAAAAUUUUGAACAAGUCAUUGUACAAGAAAGAAGAAGUUCUGGUUGAAGAGAGCCUGCAAAGAACAUAUGAAGAAUGAACUCAGCCAAGAGAAAUCAGAACGUAUUAAUAUUAGCUUUCAUCAAUAAAAUUUU